AUGGCUUCUCGUGCUCUUUCUGAUGCAUUCGAAAGCGCCAAGAAAGACUUUUUGUCCCACUUUCCUAAUGGGACGCCAGCUAAUUUUGAGGAGUUCACCACAAUCGAUGAUGUGUACAAGGCUGCUGAGGACAUACAAUCAGCACAGGCCAAAUCAAGAACAACACGCAACCUUCGCAAAAUUCAACCAUUUCUAGAAUGCCUGAGACACUACGGGGAAGUCAUCGAGACCUUUGUCACAGUCAAACCUGACAUACUAGCACUCAUACGGGGUCCUAUCAAGUUCCUCUUGCUUACAUCAAGCACUUACAUUCAAAGCUUUGACAAGCUGGUUGACACGAUGGCCCAAGUCAGCUUGUCUCUCCCAGCCUUCGAGAAGUACACAGAAUUGUUCCCAGGCAGCCAACCGAUACAUCAAGUGUUAUGCCUGUUCUAUCAAGAUAUUCUGGACUUCUACGCCACGGUCCUGGAUUUCUUCAAACAUAAAAGGUGGUCUGUGUUCUUCGAGUCGCUCUGGCCAAAGUCUGCUGGGCGCAUACGCGUCAUCACGGAAAACAUUGAGAAGCACAGGAUACUCAUGGACGGUUCAAUCACACUGGCUCAUGUCCUUGAAGCGCACGUAGCCCGCCAGCGAGCUUUCGAGGAAUUCGAAAGACAACAUGACUUUCGACAACGCCAGGAUUUGGAGGCUGUCAAAUUCUCACUCAGCCCAGCCCUCUACGACCGAGACCUGCAGCACUUGAAGUCUCAUCGAGUAGUUCGAUCGGGUGAUUGGUUACUGGAUCAGGAAGAAUACACCCUCUGGACCAACCCAUCUCACAAAACAUCGAGGCUUCUAUGGCUACAGGGAAUACCUGGAGCUGGGAAAACGUUCCUUUCAUCCUCAAUCAUUGAGAAUAUCUCAACCAGGGGUGAUCCAUUAGUGUUUGCUUUUCUCAAAUAUCAUUCUCGAGAAAGUAUUUCCGCGCUUCAGCUAUUGCAUUCCUUCAUUUGGCAGAUCGCACUUGACCAUAAGAAGUUACAGUCUCCCUUAAUCUUGGCUCAUCAAGAGGAUUAUCGCCGUCUCAACAGCGACCUGGCCUUCGUUCAAGAUCUUUUCAGCCGUUUUCUGGAUUUAAUGCCCACGACUUUCAUUGUAAUUGAUGGGCUCGAUGAGAUAUCACAAUUCGAGAGAUUCCAACUUCUAAGAAUAAUGUUCGAACUUCUCCGAAAGAAUAACGUGAAGGUUCUGGUCAGCAGCAGACCCGAAGACGAUAUUUCUAGAAUGAUCCCAGAAGAGAUUAGGCCUCUUCGAGUUCACGAUCGCAACAAGCAUGAUAUCGAGGCUUAUGUUCACAGUCGAGCCUCCUCGCUGGUGUCAGAUUCCGGCUAUUCUGAAUCCGGCCUGGCGCAGGAGAUCCCAAGUCUGAUGAAAGCGAUCUCAGUAAAAGCCGAAGGCAUGUUCUUAUACGCACGGCUUGUCUGCGACAGCAUUGAAUUGCUAGGAGACUUUGACUCUAUCAAGGAAGCUGUGGAAGAUCUUCCGAAUGGACUCAAUGAGGCAUACGACCGGAUAUUGUACAGAAUCACAGACAACCUGGGUGAGCGUCAGUCUGAAGAUGCGCGGCAGAUUUUGGCACUUAUCACCUGCUCUGUGGUGCCACUCAGCAAGAAUGAGAUUCAACUUGCCGUGUACACCGCUCAAGGAAGGAAUCCAUCCAGAGGAUGCAAAGGAUUAUUUCUGAACAUACUGCAAAGGUGUGGCCCGUUCAUCGAAGAGAUCGAUGGCCACUUCCGCUUCGUUCAUUUCAGCGCGCGAGACCUCCAGAGCAAACAGUACCUCACCGAACCGGCAUCGCAUGCCCGGAACAUCCGAUCCGGUGCAUUCGUACUCCUUGACUACGUUUGCAACCACUGGCUUCAUCACAUAGAGAGAAUGGGGAUACAAGAGUACCACAAGCUACUAGAGGAUAUCGAGAGUCUCAUCGACACGAGAAGUAACUCGAGUUUCGAGGACAAGACUAGUUCAUCCGAGCCCCAAGGUGUGGGGUUUUCCGAGUCUCUAGGCUCGAUCGAAGAGAAGACAAAACGCAGUCUGGACAAUGCGCACGAGUUUUCAAUGAAGCGGAAGAGAGACCUUAGCUUCGACGAUAAGUCACACUCAGCCCAAGUCCACGACCAAACCCAAUCCAGAAUCACUCAAGGACGUACGAAGGUGUCCAGCAAAGAAGAGUUGAAAGACAUUCUUACCGACGCUGUCAAAGAGAACGACUUAUUUACAAUACAAGGAGCAGAAGUCGAGGAACCGGAAAUCAUUCUAAGCCUUUUGUUGAGCGCUUACCAAGAAGGGUCGUCCGACGCUGUGAUCCAUCAUUUACUAAGGAAGAUUCCGCCGGACUUUUUUCAAAGUCAUUUCUCCCAAUCCCUGGGAGGCGGCCUCAGGUGGACACCAUUAGUCGACAACAUAUUCAAAGCAUCAAUUCAACACGGCAAUUAUGAGGUGUUCCAAGCUUCCCUUGGAAUUUUCAGUUUCUGGACUUCUCGCUGGCAAAAUGCUUAUUAUCAUAAAGCAUCUAUUGGGGCCAUGAUUAGGCUCAUUGGGCGCACAAGACGCGGAGACUUAGUAGAGAGUGUAUCAUCUGGCUUACUUGAGAACGCAUCCCUGGCUGACUCGAGAUGGUUGAUCCUAUCGCUCUACGAAGCAAUCAUCCCCCAAGAACCCGACCCGCUGGCGGAGAUCCUUGCCCUUGAGUGCUUCAAGGCAAUUCAAUCUCACAUUUUCACAUUUUCGCCCGAUAUUCUGUAUGAAGUGAGCAGAAGAUGCUGCUCCAUCGAUAUCGCGAAAUUUUUACUAGCCAAUGGUGCCAACAUUGAUGGCGAACAGGGAGGGUGGUCCAGCAAGAAGCCAAUUGUGGUUGCCGCAAGAAAAAGUAGCCGAGAGGCUGCUAGAUUCAUCGAGUUCCUGGUGAAAGAAGGUGCGAGUACACCAAUCUGGGUAAAAGGUAAGGCGUUGAGCGAGCUCACAGGACCAAGGAACAUUCAGCAGUGGAUAGGAAUCACUUGGGAGGAACUGAUCGAAAACAAUGCCCCAUCUGCCCAGAUGAUGAAAUAG